UUCAGUGCUCUUGAUGGGUUGCGGACAGCCCGGGUGUCCUGGAUCUGCUUCUGGCUUCUGGUGGGCAGAACUGCAGCUUCCCACCCUCAUUAUGGAGGACAGACAGGAGGCAUGACAGAGGAGAAAUGUCCCCAGCUGGUGGACUACUUUGUAGUGGCGGGUCUGGACCCUGCGGGACCCUGGAGACCCCUGGACGAGGAUGGGAAGACCUCCGCCUCCUGCUCGACUUCCUCCACUUCUUCCUCGACGGGCCGGGCGGUGGACCCCGUGACGGACCUGGUGGUGAUCGCCCGGGGGCUCGGGGAGGAAGUUCCCGAGGGUUUCACCUGCAUCGAGAAGACUCUGGGCGGACAUUCGGCCGAGCUGAGCGCCGGCCUCAUCAACAACCCGCACCUGUACCUGUGUUACCGCCGAGGACGAGACAAACCGCCCAUCCUGGACCUGGGGGUUCUCUACGAGGGGAAGGAGCAGCUGAAGCAGGGCUGGUACGUCAUUGAAACCACGCCUUACAGCCGCUCGGCCAGCCUGAGCGCGGGCGGCGCCCCCACGGCUCACCGGGUCUUCCUGACGUACCGCCGGGCUCUGGACUCUCAGGGCCUCCACACGCUGGGCGUCACCGACAUCGCCCUGCUGCUGCCCAGCAAGGGAGAGGUCGCCCCGCACACCUUCUGCAGAAUCGACAAGAACCUCAAUACAGGCAUGUGGGGUCCUGGUCUGUACAUGUGCUACAAGAGAGCCGUGGCCAAAGCCAACGCCCUGGUGUUCGAAGCCAAUCUGAUCAGUCGCUACCCAGAGGAGGACCUGGACUCGUUUCCUCUGCCCGAGUCGGUCCCGGUCUUCUGUCUGCCGAUGGGCGUCACCGUGGAGAGCUGGCCUUUGAACACCAAGUAUCAGCUGCCCGUCUUCUCCACCUUCGUCCUCACCUCCGCCUCGGGGGACAAGGUUUACGGCGCUGCCAUCCAGUUCUACGAGUCGUUCUCCAAAGAGCUGCUGUCGGAGCGGCAGAGCAUCCGGCUCGGUCUGCUCAGCGUGGUCGACCGGCGGCCGAUCACCAACCGCAGCCUGCAGGUGAAGAAGAGCAUCUGCGUCCUCUCCCACUGGCCCUUCUUCACCGUCUUCCAGAAGUUCCUCACCUUCGUCUACAGAUACUCCAUCUCCGGCCCCCACGUGCUGCCGAUCGAGAAACACAUCUCCAGCUUCAUGCACAACGUCCCGUUUCCUUCCCCUCAGCGUCCUCGAAUCCUUGUUCAGCUCUCUCCGUACGACAACCUGCUGCUCUGCCAGCCCGUCUCCUCGCCACUCCCGCUCAGCGGUGCGAGCUUCCUGAAGCUGCUGCAGAACCUCGGUCCAGAGAACGCCUGCACGCUGCUGCUUGCCGUCCUCACCGAGCACAAGCUGCUGCUGCACUCGCUCCGACCCGACGUCCUCACCUCCGUCAGCGAGGCCCUCGUCUCUAUGAGCUUCCCGCUCCGCUGGCUCUGUCCCUACAUCCCUCUGUGCCCGCUGCAGAUGUCCGACGUGCUGCUGGCACCGAUGCCCUUCAUCGUGGGUGUCCACUCCAGCUACUUUGACCUGCACGACCCCCCCACUGACGUGGCGUGUGUCGACCUGGACACCAACACCAUCUUCCAGUCAGAUGACAAGAAGCCACUGACAUGGCGUUCAUUACCCAGGAAACAUGGCAAGAUGCUGUUCAACACCCUCACCAACCUCCACAAGACACUGGAGAAGAUUUGUACUCCUGGCCAGGAGGAGGCGACGCUGGAGUUCCUGCUGACUGACUACGAUCAGAUCUACAGGCGUCAGAAGCAGCUGGAGCUGGAGAUCCAGGAGGCCUUCCUGCGCUUCAUGAGCUGCCUGCUGCGAGGAUACAGAACCUUCCUGCUGCCCAUCACGCAGGCGCCAUCCGACACUGCCACUGACUGCAGCUCCCUAUUCAACCUGCAGGGUUUCCUGAAGUCUCGGGAUCGAACGCAGCAGAAGUUUUACACCCAGCUGACGAGAACCCAGAUGUUCACUCAGUUCAUCGAGGAGUGCUCGUUCGUCAGCGACCGCCACGCCUGCCUCGAGUUCUUCGAUGAGUGUGUUCAGAAGGUGGAUGUGGAGAAGCCGGAGGAGGUGAGGCUCAUCGAUCUGGAUGAGACGCACAGCGGCGAACACACAGUCUUCAUCAUGCCUCCCGAGGAACCGCAGGAGCCCGACGGGUCUGAGUGUCCCGCCCUCUACAGUUAUGAGACGUUCCCCACUCUGAAACCAGACCUCUUUGACCGACCACAGGACCAGCUCCGUGUCCCGGCCAAGGGCAGCGCCCCCAGUAGCCCCGCCCCCCGACGCACCAAACAGGAGAUCAAGUUGGCUCAGAAACGAGCUCAGAAGUACUCGGCGGUGCCGGACAUGUGGUCCAAGUGCCUGCUGGGUCACUGCUACGGCCUGUGGUUCAUCUACCUGCCCACUUUCGUCCGGGCAGAGAGCGCCAAGGUCCGCGCCCUGCACACGGCCUACGAUGUCCUCAAACACAUGGAGAACCGCAAGGUGGUGCUGCCAGAUGAGGUGUGCUACCGGAUCCUGAUGCAGCUGUGUGGUCAGUUCGGUCAGCCGGUCCUUGCUGUACGAGUUCUGCUGGAGAUGAAGAAGGCUGGAAUCACCCCGAACACCAUCACCUAUGGAUACUACAACAAGGCAGUGCUGGAGAGCAAGUGGCCGUCCACCAAUCAGGGCGGGCGUCUCCGCUGGGCCAAGCUGAGGAACGUCCUAUUGGCCGUGGCCCAGUUCAGGCAGCCAAUCAAACGGCGGCAGAAGAGCGGCUCCGUGGGGUCGCGAGGAGAAAUGGCGAUGGACUCUGAUCAGAGGCCCCGCCCCCACUCCACUCUGAUCCGGCAGUCCAGUUGGAGCGGUCUGAGUGAAAGCUCGAGUCACGAGUCUCUGACUGGCCUGCUGAUGAAGAGCAACAGUCUGAGCAGCAUGAGGACACCGAGUGACAAGGUCAAACUGAGCAAGAAGAACGCCCUCCGUAACACAGGGACCAAUGGCUGCGGGGACGCCAUCUCCCGCAAACCGCCCCUGGGACGGCGAGACACCUCCACGCCGCCUCCGGCGCCCUCUGGUGGGGUUCUGGUUCAGCGAAGCCAGGUCUGCCUCUCCAAAUUCUACAAAGAGUGUGCAGAGACAGCCGACUCAGAGCUGGACUGCAGCUGCCAGCCCGCUGAGGGAGAUGGACGACCUGUGGAAGCGCAGGACUCAGCUGGCAGGAACAAGGCUGUAGAUGAGAAUUACAACAACGUUUCCUCCCCGAGCCGAGGAGGACUGGCAGGAAAACUGCAGCAGCUCCUCACGCCAACCAAAAAUAGAGCAUCGGUGCGGCGAGCCGCCAGCGUGGGCGACCGGCGGUCGGGGGGAGGAGGAGCAGGAAGUGGAGGAGCAGGAGGAGGGAUCGGGCGUAGAGUGUCAGACCAGAGGCAGUCCAGAAAAGGUCAAGUGGCUGAAACUCUGCUGAAAGCCAAGGAGAGGCUGGUCAACGCUACCUCAGAGAGCUCGCUCUCUGUAGGAAGUGACCUCGACUUGUCAGACGUGCCCAGUCCAGCGUAUCCUCUGCGCAGGUCCUGGGAUGCCAAUCAGGAGGGGGCGGGGAUAGAGGUGUUGAUGUCCAGCUGCUCGCUGUGUCGUAGCUGUAACUCGCUGGUUUACGAUGAGGAGAUCAUGGCGGGCUGGACUUCGGAUGACUCCAACCUGAACUCCUCCUGCCCGUUCUGCGGCGCCUCCUUCGUCCCCUUCCUGAACGCAGAGAUCUGUGACCUCGGACCUCUCAGCAGUGCGGAGCGCUGCAACUGGAACUUGGAGGAUGAGGUGGAGAGUGCCGUGAGGCCCCCCAGUGCUCACGAGGCGUCCCUGCGGCCCCAGUGUAACGGACUGAGUGAGGACUCCAGCUCCGAGACCAGCAGCUACUCCGAAAACAGCAGGACCACCACGGGUUCGUCAGCGGGCGGAGUUCCUCAGGUGACGGUGGCGUACCUGAGCCCUCUGGUUCUGAGGAAGGAACUGGAGAGUCUGCUGGAGAACGAAGGUGAGGCGGUCCUGGCCCAGCUUCAGUUCCUGGACAACCACUCCAUCAUCUUCUGGAACCUGGUCUGGUACUUCCAGCGCCUCGGCCUGCCCAACAACCUGCUGCAGCUGGUCCGGGCCUCACCACUGGUCAGCCAGUUCACACAGUCGGAGAACUCGGCAGUGAGGGUGAGACUCCUCUGGGACACCCUGACCCCCGACACAGACCAGUGGCCCCCCCUUUACAUCCUCUGGAGGAUCCACAGUGGUGUCCAAAUGAGGAGCUACAGCUGGCGGAGGCACAACCACCCGUUCACCCUGUCCUUCCUGGAGGAGGUGCUGCGGUGGGUGGGCAUGAACGAGGUCCACAAGGCGGUCACACUCUUCCUGGAAACGCUGGCCAAACAACCGGGAACUCCCAGAAUCCAGAGGAGUCUGUACAGAGAGUUCCUCUUCCUCACUCUGGCAGCUAUGGGCAAAGAUCACGUCGCGGCUUUUGAUAAAAAGUACAAGGCAGCGUACUCUCGGCUCAGCAGCACUCAGGGUCGGGAGGAGCUGCGUAAGAAGCGAGCCCAGCCUCCCAGCCCGAAGGCCGUCGACUGCAGGCGCAGCUUCCACCCGCCUCUCGAAUGCUGA